UGCGACCUUCAACAUGUAUAUACAUUCAUACUUAUAUCGUUCGGAUCUUUCUUAUCUGUUUGAAAUUUUUGUCAGAUUUCACUUUUAAUCGUUGAAUCAGAGUAUGGACUUUGGAGAAUAAAGAAACAGAAGAAAGAGUGCAGUCUGUCCUGUUCCUUUUAAUUUUAUAAAGUUUAUCUCAACAAAAAUGAACGAAGAGCAGUUUACACCGGGAUUAAUGGGACUGAACUUAAAUAUUAUGCAUGCCUUAGAUAUGCAUAUGAUUGAAGAUGCAAAGCAUAAUAUCUACAAAUUGAUUGAAAAAGAACAUCCCGCUCUAAUCAAUGUUCACAAAAAUAUGGUUGCAUUAUACAAAAUGAAAAUACCAAGAGAAAGACGGGAGGCUAGACUUGAGUUAGAACAAAUAUUAGAAAAUUUCCCCGAUCAUCUUAACGCUUUAGCAGAUUUAGAGCACAUCUACAGAGAAUUGCACAGAUUUACAGACGCCGAAAAUUGUCGUAAAACUAUUGAACACAAACUAAAUGGAAAAACUCGGAAUUCUCUACAAAAUAAGAGGAUAUGUUUGCUUGAGCAAGGGUAUGCAAUUUUGAUUGAGCGAACGUUGAUAAAUGAAAAUACAGUUGAACAGAGAAUUACGGACUUGCAUAAGAUGCUGAAUACUGAAUACGAAAGAAGCGAAGGUAACAGAAGAGAAUGUUUAGAACGCAGUCUUCACCAUCAAAUGCAAGUUUUGCGCAAUGUACAAAAUGCAAAUGAAGAUGAGAAAAUAGAUGGUCAUAUACUCCGGAAGGGUUCUAGUCUUCAAAAAUUUGAAAUGGCGGAGAAGUUAUCCACCAAACCCUUACCCCACAUAGUUUGGGUUUUUUACUUUGCAAAAGCAUUAAAUCAAUAUUAUGACUCUUUAGAAUAUAUUUCUAAAUUAAAAGAUGGUAUGGAAGAUGAAAUGAGAGCAGUGACAUUAAAGGCCAUUGAGAAAUUUUGGUAUAUAACACAAGAACCUUCCAGGGAAGACAUGAAAACGUUUGUAGCAAGAUCUUAUGCAUACAUAGGACAUAUAUUAAUGAAACGAAAGAGUCUCAUUAAUUCAAACUCAACUAUUCCUGAAUUGCUGGAAAUUCCUGAACUCAAGAAGCUAUUGAACGAUCCUCUACAAGCCUCCAAAAAAGCAUAUGAACUUAUGCCUGAUGAUGUCACAGUACUAAAUAGAUAUGGCAGAGCCCUAUGGAACUGUGUACUCCAAACGGACAGCAUGGAAAUUAAACUUCAACAACUUUAUAAAUCUGAGAAAAUUCUUUCUGCUUCUAUCGCCAAAGAUGGACAGAGAAACUGGUUUGCCUAUUCUUCAAGAAUGGUGGUGAGAAAAGAUAUUGCUAACUUGGAAAGAAAUAAUUAUGAAGUUGCUGAAGAUUACUUAAAGAAAGCAAAAUUAGAUGGACAUACGUGUUUCAAAUCAAAAACCACAAGAAAAGAUAUGACUGUUUUGGCAGAAGUGUGUCAAAAACUAGCAAAAUUUCCCAAAACAAACGAUUGCGGUCCCGAGUUUGUACGCGAUAACAAUUAUUUACACCAAUCGUUAGACUAUCUGUUUUAUUCUACAUACUUGGGAGAUCCUCCAGAAUAUCACUGGACACACAGAACAGCUUCCUGUCUCUUUGAUCUUGGCGAGUAUGAGCAAGCUAUUGAAUGGCAGAGAAAAGCCUGGUUUCCCUCCAAAGGCUCUUCGUCAUACGCUUUUUAUAUGUUGUGCAUCUAUAUGCUGACUAUGUUUGAGCAAAGAAAAAUGUGGGGAAAAUCUGAGAAUCCCAUCUUUAGAGAAUUUUUAUACAUUUUAAUAUACGGUAAAAACAAAUAUGAGGAUAUAACAAGAAAUCUAAAAGGAUUAUACCAAAUUAGGCGAAAAGAAAUCCUUCGGUUUUUUAGAGAAGUUAUGCAACUUAAGCCGAUGAGGAUAGACGAGAAAAAUAUAUUAGAAAUAUGUUUGGAUAAUUUUAUUACUUUUUCGCAGACUCAUAGAAAUAUUGGUCGAGAAUUUAGACAACUUAAGUCUACGCUUCAGGAAAUUGUUCCUGAAAAAGAAAUGGAGUAUGUAUUGUCUGAAAUAUUUAAGAAUCCCUCUAUAAAGCCACUUAAGACAGGAUUGAAAGCCUUGUCAAAGUCAUUCAAAUAUGAUUUCUUCGUAUCACAUAGUCAUAUAGAUGGUAGUUGGGUUGACAACAUUUUUCUUCGACAUUUGGAGAGCAAGUUUGAUGAGAGCGACGUUGCUUUUAGAGGCUGUAUUGCUGAUAGGGAUUUCACACCUGGCAUUUCAGUUCUAGACAAUAUUAUAGCGGCCAUUGGUGAAAGUAAUAAGGUCAUUCUCGUAAUAUCUGAAAGUUUUGUGUCAAGUAACUGGUGUCAGUAUGAAGCAGAUCAAGCAGUCAUUCGAUCUCUAAAUUCUAAAGACGACAACUGUAUUAUUCCAGUUCUAUUAGGAGAUUGUGAUCUACCAGAUAAAAUUGCACAUUUAAAUUAUGUAAACUUAUCAACAGACACUGAUUUUAGACGAGAGUUUAGACGAUUGAAACUGGCCCUAAUGCCAGAAGACAAGUAGAUUACAUUUACAUGUAAAGCAGAUGCGAAUUGUAUGAUGUGGAAAACAGUUGAAUUAAGAGUUUUCUAAGACUUAAAUCAUUAUAAUGUUCUCGAUUUUCCAUUUAAAUUCUGCUAAUUAUAAACAUUAAUAACCUAUCCUGGUGAUAAAUUUAUUUUUCAAUGAUCGAUUUAUCGCUGUUAGCUUAACAUCCAGUGACAAAUAUCAGGACGAAAAUAAAUAAAUAAAUAAUACAAUCGGUAGAUUCGUCUAGUAAGAUUUGACCGGGAUGAAACGCGGGAAAUUUGGCACAAUUUUGUGUCCCCAUUUUGACCGGAAUUUGCAGUGUAUUUAUUCAUUUUAUUUCAUCUCAUGGCAACCGUGUUGGAUAUACUAAUUGCUCCUCUACUCUUAAAUGUUUUACUCCGUAUAAGAGAGCAUGUAUAGUGAUCGACGUGUCCUUAUGUCCGUUCAUACGUUCGUCUGUCCGUCACUACUUUGUAUCUGCAAAGCAACAUAAAACUAAGGACAGGAUUAUAAUGAAUUUUCACAUAAUCUUUGUUAACGCAUUCUGCACCUCUUAAUUUAUUAAUGGAUUCACAGUCUCAUUGCAAAAUAUUGCCUUCGCCAUUUCUUCAAAAGUAGUAGACAUUUCGUAUUCACAACUCCUCCUAAAACAAUGACCUUAUUUCAAUGAAAUUUUCAUGACCUUUACCUCAAGAUCAAAGUACUAGAUUUUUAGAGUUAUUUUUGCGAAAUCUCUCAGAACUGGAUUGCAAUCAGGUACUCCCGAUAAGUGGGAUCAAAUGGUCCAAAAUUAAACAUGCACAAAUUCAGGUGAACAAAUUUUCAAUAUGAAAUGUUUGAAAUGUCAAAUAGUUAAGUCGUUACAAAAAAAUAAAAGAUGGGUAUUUCAAAGGA